UCUUUGGUUUCUUCUUGAAUUUGUUUAUUUCUGUUUGGUUGCCGAGAAAACUCUUAUCAAAACGAAUAGGGAAAAAGAAUGAGAAUUUGAAUGUUAUGUCUGAUGUUUUGAUCGGAAAAUUUGAUGGAUGGGUUCCUUCGUUUUAGUUGAUUGCUUCUUUUGUUUUUUAAUUCAUUGAAAAGAAAAAAAAGAUAGCAAAUAGGAAAGCGUCAGAGUUUAGAGAAAAGUUUCCUUUUGUUUUUUGUUUGUUUUUCUUAGAAGUUGAAACAGAGGUUUUAGGAAUUUGAGAGGUUAGAAUUCUGGUGGAAGGUUUGAUGUCUGGUUGUUGUGCUUGUGCUGUUUGGUUGCCUAGAAAAUUUAAAGGAAUGUGAACUUGUUGAAAGGCUUAAUUCAACUAUGAUAGAUAUUAUCUUAAAUGACUAGAAGAGAACAAUGUGAAAGUUCAAAGUUCAAUUAAAGUCCAUGGUUAGAUUUUAUGUUGCACCCGAUACUAAUAGUCAUAGCCUCAUAGGCUCAUAGCAUAUAAUAGCUGACCUUUGUUGGGUGGGAAUUUGAAAUAUUUUAAUUUUGAAAAUUUUCUUGCUUCUGAGGGUAAUAUUUACUCGCCAGCAAUUUUUUACUCGUAGAAUUAGGUAAGUCAUUUCGAAUUUUCUGGCUGGAUCCUGGAAGACUCCAAGAGGAUAAUGAAUUUGAACCAGAGUAGAGCUUUUUCCUUUUGGUGCAGUGCAGUUGCACUAGCCCAGGGCAUUUAUGAAGAUGUGUGUUCAGGAAAAAUGAAAAACCUUUUCUUGCAGCCUUUUGGAUGUCUUCUAUCUUUUUUGCUUGGAGAAGGUAGAGAAAUGGAGAUGCUUGCUGUUGAAUGAGAAGAUGAGGUCUAUUAGAUAGGAACUUUACAUUAGCCUGUUAUCAGAUAAAGUAUUUGAUACACAAUUUGGUCAUAGUUCUGUGCUAUAAACUAUGACCUGACUUGCCUUUAUAUCUGAAUAGACCAAAUGCAAUUUGUUACAACUGUGAGUUAUCAGUAUGUUUUCCUUUGCUGCUUGAUGGACAAGAAAAAAAGCCUCACAGAUUGCAACUUCAGUUAAGGAAAGAAGUUCUUUAGUUCACAUUUGGGGUCAUUACCUGUCAACUUGAAAGAGCUUAGCUUACCCUUGAGUGAGUCAGUUUGAAGAUUCGGAUCAACUUGGAUUGGAUGAAUAGGAAAUGAGAAGAGAUGUGAUUCAGAAUGAAUAUAUUUAUCUGGUAGAAUAGAUAGUAGGAAUUGUAGUGCAAUAAUUUGGUUUUUCUGCAACAAACACGAGCUGCUGUGACAAUAGCAGCAAAUUCAAUAGAAGUAGAAGAUAAUAAAACAAGAUGAUGUGCUGGAGAAAAAGCUGAACGCCUAUGUUUUUGCAGAAGCUAUACACUAGAUUGAAUAACAUGGAGAAUCCAAGUAAAGCAUGUAAUUCCUUUCGGCUUUUGUUCACCAUGUCGAGUUUGGAGGAGCCACUGGGUUUUGACAAGCUGCCAAGCAUGAGUACUAUUGAUAGGAUUCAGAGGUUCUCAGCUGGUGCUUGUCGGCCUAGAGGGGAUGAUAUGGGCUUGGGAAACUGCUGGAUUGAUGGGAGGAGUUGCAGCACCUCUAAUAGUUGCGAUGAGGAUUAUGAAGAAUAUACAGGGGAGGCAUUCCCAUGGAGAAGACAUGUGAAAGAUGUGUCAGAAGGUGGAACCUUCAACCGAAGGGCUUCAAGUCUAAGCAAGAACCGCAUGAAAUUCGAAUAUGUUUGUGACUCAAGGUACUUGCCAGAUCAUCAGUGUAGCUGCAAGUGCAAUGACAGAGGCAUACAUGGCAUAACAAAUAAGUUUUUAAAAGGUAUACCAAAGUUUGUGAAGAUAGUAGAAGUUGGUCCAAGGGAUGGAUUACAAAAUGAGAAGAAUAUUGUACCUACAUCUAUAAAGGUUGAAUUGAUUCGGAGAUUGGUGUCUUCAGGGUUGCCUGUUGUUGAAGCUACGAGUUUUGUGUCUCCUAAAUGGGUUCCUCAGACUUAUUCCAUGGGAAACGAUUAUUGUUGGAUGCAAUUAGCAGAUGCAACAGAUGUAAUGAAAGCAGUUUGUGACUUGGAGAAUGCCAGAUUGCCAGUUCUCACUCCUAAUAUAAAGGGCUUUGAAGCAGCUGUUGCAGCAGGUGCAAAAGAAAUAGCAGUCUUUGCAUCUGCUUCCGAGUGCUUUUCAAAGUCAAACAUUAAUUGUAGCAUCGAAGAAAGCCUUGUCCGCUACCAUGCUGUUUGUCAUGCUGCUAAGGAGCUUUCAGUUCCCAUACGUGGGUAUGUAUCAUGUGUAGUUGGAUGUCCAGUGGAAGGAGCAAUUCCUCCGUCCAAAGUGGCCUACGUGGCAAAGGAACUUUACAGAAUGGGUUGUUUUGAAAUUUCCCUUGGUGAUACAAUUGGAGUUGGCACUCCUGGUACUGUAGUUGCCAUGCUUGAAGCAGUAAUGGCCGUUGUUCCUGCUGAAAAGCUUGCUGUCCACUUCCAUGACACUUAUGGACAAUCUCUUCCAAAUAUUUUAGUAUCUCUCCAAAUGGGGAUUAGCACAGUGGAUUCAUCGGUAGCUGGCUUGGGUGGUUGUCCAUAUGCCAAGGGAGCUUCAGGGAAUGUUGCUACUGAAGAUGUGGUCUAUAUGCUUAAUGGCCUUGGUGUCAAAACAAACGUAGAUCUACCAAAGCUCAUGUCUGCUGGGGAUUUCAUCAGCGAGCAUCUGGGUCGCCAAUCUGGUUCGAAGACUGCUGUUGCAUUGAGCCGGGUGCAAACUCAAAAAUGUCAGUCAGCAUUCAUUCUCAGCUCUUUCCAAUACCCUCAAAUUAAGCACUAUCAAGAGUGGUGGGUGUGGCAUUAUUAAAAUUAAAAAUAUGGCUCCGAUGAUCUCUGCCAAUAUUUUUACAUUAAUUUGUUCCAAUGCAUGGUCUGCAAGAAGAGAGAAAGCAUGACCAAUUGAAACAUCGAGGAGAGAUGAAUGGUAGGAACCGAAAGUUUCCAAAACAACUCUUCUGCUCUUCUCCAAACCAAAAACAAAAAUUAAAGUUCUUAUAACAACCAGUCUAAACACAUAGCUGCAAAAGCUGAGGAUUUGUAUUGCCCUCUGUAGUUCAGCAUACUUUUCAGCAGUGCCCCAAGAACCAAUUAACAGUUGUUUAUAUGAAAGAGCUAGCAAUGAUGAUUUGCUUUCUCUAACCCCAAACAUGCAUAAUAUAUGUGAUAAUUCUCCCAAAAUAUUAGUGUUGACUUUGCCACAGUACAUGAAACGGAAUUGUUUUAAGCGUGUUAAUCCCUUACAUUAAAUCUUUAGUAAUUUCAAUUAU